AAUGUAUCACUGCUGCUGUAUGUAGCAAGGGCGGUGGAGCUCCUCUGCAGUCUCUCGCCUGUCUAACCUGUGUCACUGAAAUCGUGUUUCAAGAGUUUGACGAAGAGUAUAAGAUUUCUUGUGAGAACCAAAAGGUACUACUCCGUGUGCCUCUACUGGUGGUCAUCAGUAGGUUCUUCGAAGUCAUGAUAAACUCGCGUUAUCAAGGCAUCGCAAGGAUUAUUUAUCUAUCUAAUAAUAACACAGAGAGACUAGCGUAAGAAUAAUACUUAAAAGUCUUGAAAAUUCACCGACGACACUUGUCCGCAAGGUCUAUAUCGUGAAGUGUUUCGGAACUUGGAAGUGUGACCAUCCAGCAAAAUAUCGAUUUUGACGAGAGCCGAAAUGACUUUGGGGGCGGUCUACUGUCACCCUAGAAAAGAAGAGUAGACAGAUUGGCGGGCGGUGUGCACGUGUUGACCCAGCACGUGCUUUACGAGACUACGCUAUUGUCGCAUCUCUGCGAUACAUACAAUGGCAAUGGCCCCUAAGAAGAAAUUCGACUUUUUCAAUGGAGGUCGGGGGAUUAACCUGGACAUAUAUAUGGAAGAUACUAAAUCUCCCCCAACGCCUCCCCCUCAGCAACUCCAAGAAAAAGAAGAGGCCACUCAUGACCCUUAUAUCCAUGGCGAGUGGGGGCGUUAUCCCACCGGGGGACCCCUAGCUUGUGGUCGCGCUAGCAGCAGUCCUUCUCUACAGCAGGGGACACAUCCUCACCCCGAAUAUCUGGCCGAUUAUCCCGAGGCCUCACUCUCUGGGAAUCAGAGCCCAACAGGUUACAGUGACCACAGCCAGGGUGGGUACCAUAGCCCCAAUGGGUAUGCUCCUCCUAGUCCACUGGGCAUGAAUACCUUGAGUGCUCCUGCAACUCAUGAUUCAAACCUGUCUCAGGAUUCAGUCGCGUGGGGAAGUAUCAAUGAGGAUGAUGACUCCAGGAGAAAAAAGAAAAGACAUCAGAGGUGCCGACUUUGCGCUAACCAUGGUGUCUACGUGGAGGUGAAGGGGCACAAAUGGUACUGCCCCUACAGGGAUGCCCACAACUGCGACAAGUGUGAAAUCACGAGGAAGCGUCAAUAUUAUAUGGCCGAGCAGCAGAAGCUCACCAGGGAGCAACAACAACAGCUGCAGGCGCAGCACAACAGGUCCAACAACAACCGAAGUCUGUGCAGCAGCAGCAGCAACAGCAGCAGCUGCAGCAGCGCUUCCGGCAUCCCCGAAGUUUCAUCGUCGUCGUCGUCCUCGUCGUCGUCGACGGCCUCUGGCCACAGCCUUCUGUCGCAUCAGACGCAUCCCAGGGAUUUCCCCAGAUUAGACGAACUCGUGCGCGAGACCGCUAAUAUCAUUAACGAGGAUCUCUUUGAAAUGAUCAACCAGGUUGUCAGACCGAGAGCGAAGCAAUGACAGCGCAACGAGGUAGAUUUAACGUAUUAACAAAUUCUUAUUCCGUUUUCACCAUGAUUUACGUAUUUCUUGAAAUGUGUAAUC